UUUGUGUUUAUAAAGCAGGUUGUGUUUGUAGAGUAUAUAGAUGAUAAGAAAAUUUAAUGUUUGCAUUUAGAUUUGUUUGAAAAUUAAUUAUUUAUGCAAGUUGAUUAUAAAAAAUUGUGAGGAAUCCAGUACGAACUUCUCGAUUUAUCAUUAGUCAGAAUAUAGGCAAUAGUGUUGGCUUAACGGAAACCCUACAGAUAAAAUCACUUUUCUCGUACUAUAGACUGAUGGAAGAACGAAAUUAGUUCAGAGAGAGUUAUACCGUAUCCCGUUCUUGCAUCACAUAUAUGCGUUAGCUUUGUCCUGACAAAAUGUCUUCCCAGCUUGAAAAAAUUAUGAUGUGUCCAAUCUGUCUGGACACUCUAACUAAACCAAUACUGCAAUGCACAAAUGGACAUAACAUGUGUGGAAAUUGCAUAUUAGCGAACAGUAUUCAGCAGUGCCCCACAUGCAGGAGUUCUAUGACGAAUACGAGAUGCUAUCAAAUGGAGCAGAUGAUUGAGGAACUUCAGAAAAGUGUCAAACUUAAUUGCUAUUAUUCAUCGAAAGGCUGCAAAUUUGUACUAAGCCAAAGUGAAAAGGAAGCACACGAGCUGGAAUGUAAAUUUCGAAAAUUUUCAUGCGAAGGGAAAAAGUUUUCAAACUGGAAAUGUGAGUGGUCGGGACAAUACGACGAUAUUUAUAAGCAUUUUAAAGACUACCACAACAAUCACACAUGGAUGGAAUUUCGUACUGAGGCUAACAUGAAAAUAUCAUUCGAGAAUGAUUUUUCGGACGUUCAAAUUAUUUCAUUUUUAAAUGGCAAACAUUUUUUCUAUUAUAAGCACAAGGUGGAUAUUGAAAAAGAAAAGGCGUAUUGGUUGUUUCAAUUCAUUGGAACCAAAAAGCAAGCCGAAAAUUAUUAUUAUGAAUUUGAGGUUCACUUAGGCCCUGUAAGAAAACUAAAAUUUACAGAAAUAUGCGAGAAUGAUACUGUUGAUGCGAAUGACCUAUUUGCAAAAGAAAAAUGUGUCGUGCUGUCGUUUUUAUCAAUUAAAAGUUUUUUAAAUAGGGAUGGAGAAUUGCCAUUCAAAUUUAGGCUUAUGUCCAUUAAAAAACCAACAGAUAAAAAACGUUAAGAUGAUUCAUAUUUUAAGCUUUUGUUUUUAUUUUGAAGCAAGUGUUAUUAACGUUGAUAAUAUAUAUUCCUAUAAAUACUCUAACUGUUCAAAUGUAUUUGUUAACAAAUAAAUAUUGAUAUUAUCUUUGACGUGAAUUGUGACAAAGGAAAUUUGGAAUGGUUUAAAAAAAAGGUCAAGGAUGGUACUCUAAUUAUAUAUUUUUGUGUUAACUGGGGUUUCGCAAAUAGGAAAUCUUUUAUUUUAUAAAAACUAAUAUUAAUAACGGCAGUAAUCACAAAA